GAUACCACCUGGCCUGCCCGUGCGCGGUAGAAAGUCAGCAGAUAAACCCAGACCAUUGUACCUUCGCAUGAACGCCGUCCCUGUAUCGCCCACCGACCAUUACUCUACAUCAUUACCGCCCACACCUUCCUCGACUAGCGCAACCUCCGCUUACUUCCCCCCUACGCCUCGUACGCCAAGUUUCGACGCGGCAGAACUGCGGAGAAAGCGGAUGGCAAAACUUGCACGGCAUCUAGGCGAGAAUGUGCCUCCUGAAUUAGUCACAGCACAUGGACCGCCUGCUCAAUUACGUUCUGAAGGCGUGCCCAACAGGAAGCGACGCAGCAUGUCCGUCGACCUCACGAGCCCACCUAUCGCUCCGAGGCCUAAAGUUUCCUCAGAGACUCGGACAAACAGCGAUUGGGUUGGCGAGUGGAAUCGACCUGAUAUCAGAGACGUUCAGAGGGAACUGAGAAAUCUCAAGGCUGUGCGAUGGUAAUGACUUCGCAGUUUGGGUGGCUUCUAUUACCCCAUCACAUGAUUUUAUGCCCCCGUAUUAUGACAUCCUACUGGCUGCAGGCAUCCAGCCGGACGACAUGCAAUUUACGAUAACUAGCCAUAUCUACAUAUGUAUCACGUUAGGCGUUUCUUCACAUCAAUAAUUCAUACAUCCGCAAGUACGUACUACUACUGAGAUCAUUUGUAAAACAUAAUACAUACGCGUGGGCAUCGGUCGCACAUCAUGCAUUCCCUCUUACACAGGCCGAAGUUCCGAGUACACACAAUGCUCUAUUUUUAGAAUAGUGACCCACUUUGGCACUUUUGCUUUCGAGUUGAC